GAAACGCUCUCGCAGGAGAACGGAGCUCAGUCGUGGCCGCGCGAUCGCGCUAGACGAUAUUUACCUGCCUGCCUGCGCGCGGAGGUCCCGGCAGGAGCGUACGCAUUGGCAGCCCCCCCGAGAGCGGGUCCCCGUCGGAAGUGGGCCCCCGCAGGCCCCGCACGCAAGCACGCACGCAGGCACGCAACACGGCGACACGCACGAGGACAGCGCGCCAUGCGACAACCCUAAGGGACGGAGAGGACGAAGACCGAAACGGGAUCAGAGCGAGAGCAGCGUGAGCGGCUAAACCAAGCGAAGAUGCUGCCGAAACUGAUGGUCCUGCUCUGGGCGGCAAUUCCGAUUGCGCUGACCCAGAGCAAUUAUGCGUCGCAAGGCAACAGCAUCGAGUAUCAGCCGGGACUGCCGCCGAGCACGGUCCUCGACGGCAAGGUCACCAAGCUGGACGAUAUCUCGCCGAUCAUAUUCCUGAAUCGCACGAAGGCAUACCUGAACUGCGGCCAGGGUAGCAUGGAGGUCGAGCUCAAGUUCGAGGAGCCAUUCUAUGGGGUGGCUUAUGCCGACUUUGAUCGCAACAGCGCCUGCAUAUUUAAGGGACGCGGCGCGACUACUGCCAAACUGGAGCUACCUCUGAAGGGAUGCGGAACGAAGCAGGAUCCCUUGCGCGUGUUCACCAAUAAUGUGGUGGUCCGCUUUCAUCCCGGAUUAGAAAUGGACGGGGACGAGGUCAUCACUAUAGUCUGCAGAUAUCCUCCACCUGUAGCGUCGGCACCACCACCGCUGCCCGCCAGCAUAUCGGCCACGUUGGCGCCCGUGCCGGUGACCGAGCCGCCGCUCAAGGGCUUCCAGAUCCUGAUGAUCAUCUGUGCGAUCCUGUUCCUGUCGCUGCUGCUGUUGGGUCUCGGCUGCUCCUACAUGUGCCUAAAGCGCCGGAACGUCCGCGUGGUACAUCGCCACCCGUUCGAGAGCGCCACCGGCUCGGAAAUAACGAAACUGUCCGGCUCCUCCCUCAGCCACAUCACCAUGUUCGAGGGCCUGAAGAUACCGCGCGCGCACGCCCUUCUACACGCGACCGCCGUGUCCACUUCCGGCAGCGAGGCGAACCUGGUGAUCGAUCAUUCGGACACACUGCCGAGCGAUUAUCCGAGCGAGAGCCACUCCGAGGUGGACGAGGAGCGCUCGCUGCCCGUGUCUUCUGCCGGGUCCUACGACAACAAGGCGUUUGUGGAUCACCACGAAGUCCAGCGCCAGGAGAUACGCACUUCCAGCUCCCUGUACUCCGAGACUGUCGCCGCCGAGGUGGAUACUUCGUCGAUGAUGGCCGUGAACGCAUCGAGGGUCAUGGUGCCGCGACAUCCGGUGGCUGUGCCGAUCGAGCCUAAAUUCGACGUGCAGAUGCGCGUGAAGAGGGCACCGCCACCUCCACCGAGCCCGCUGCCUUCCGAGUCCGAUGUGGCGAGCAUCGCCCUCGAGCGUAACUUGACGACCAUCCUGGAGAGAGAGGAGACCAGCCGCUCUAUGGAGAGCAUGCCCUACCGCAUGACGACCUUCUCAUAUGUGCCCGAGCUUCAUGGACCUCCCGGCGGCGCGUCCUCCACUUCUACCAUCUCGCGGCAGCAGACACCUCCGGUGUAUUCUAGGAUCCUCCGCAAGCAAGCUGAAAGAGAGACCACUGUAAUACAGGAGAAGCUGCCGACGUCGCCAACUGAUCAGCUGCCGCCACCGUUGCAGCAUCAUGAGAUCCGCCGGCCGCGCUCCCUUACUUCUCUAAACACUGAGCUGACCGAGACCCGCUCGUUGACCGAGGUGACGGACGCGUCCCACGCCAAGUAUCGCGUGGCGAGCAUUUUGGCACCCACGCCGCCGCCCCCGCCACCCAUCGCGCCUACUACGGCCACCACUGCGACCCACACCGCUGUUCAGCACCGGGAACACCGUCUGCUGCGCGAGGAGAUGACAGAGCCGCUGGUCGAGCCGCAGGUGGUCGCACCACGCCGCCCGGAGAUCACGACCCACGAGGUGGACGACGUGUUCCUGCGCACCGUCACCGAGAAGAAGACGAUCGAGGACAUCGAGCGGCACAGCCGGCAGGUGACCGAAUACCGGGCGCGGGCGCAACAGCCUCCGGAUCUCAAAUGGGACGUGACUAUCAGGAACUACCCGACUGAGGGCCUACCGCCGCCGCCACCCGAGUGGGAAAACUUCUCGGACGUGAGCUCUUCUUCGAACCUGACCAUCACGAACGAACCGACGAGCCGAGACGACGAACCGGAUGUGAACAUUGAGCCGACCUACACCACUCGCGCCGAGAUUCCAUGCAGGCCGCUGCCCGCCUCGCGACGCUCCCUCGACGACGCCGACGCCGACUGGUACACCAGAUUGGCACGCGUGCUGGAGCCGCGCUACGCCACCGAGCUGACCGACGAGGAGCGCGCCAAGUGGCGCGAGAUCAUCACGACGGAGAGCACCCUGCGUACGUUGCUGACCGAGGCUGUGGUCAAGGAGGACUACGAGCUGAUACGGAAAGACGCGAGGUACGUGAACUUGUUCCCGCCGGCCAAAUGGGACGUGAUCAUCCGGAUUCUGAGCCCGCCGUCCGCGCACACCGGUUCCACCUCGUCGUCCAGCCACGGCAAGAACCACGGACCGCGCUACAAGCGGUCCAAGUCCUCAGAGUGGGACACAAGGUCCAGGCGAUCCUCCCUGCCGACCCUGUACGAGUAUGAGAGCGACGGCGGUAGCUCGGCACGCACCCUGGGCACCCAGAGCCACCACCUGCAGACGUCGCAGUCCGCCACGACCAUGACCGGCGGACAGAGCGUGGUUGGACGUCGCCGAUUGGGAGGUUCCAUUCGUUCACGAGGAGGUGCCGGGGCCGGCAGCGAAGCCGAUCUGAGGUCGAUGUCGGAGAUAACGGUGCGCGACUUUGCCAGGAUGGAUCGGGAUGACCUGACCAGCUUGAGCUCCUACGAGGGCGCGGACUCCCUGGUCAGAUCGCUCAGCCAGCCCAGCUUGGCCAGAUCGGGCUCGGAAUUCACCGAGCACUGGGGAGUGCCAGCCGGCAUCAUGGAUCUGCCGCCGUGGGCGACCACGGAGGACGGGGCCAGCUCCGUGGAGACGACACCAAGAGCGAUUCGACGAGGUGACAGAUUGGAUGUUCUUGCCAGCUUCGACGAGCGCAGACGGGGUCCGUCCAUCACGCGGUCCAGUCGUUACACUGAACGGGAGCUGAGCGUACGCGUGACGGAGAGCCAGCGGGCCUCGGACUGGUUCGACAACAAUUCCGAGCCGGAGAUGCAGAUCUGAACGGUUACGAAAUAGACGACGAUAUUCUCGAUCUUUACCUCGAAUUGUCUACGUACGGAGGCGAUGUUCCUCGAUCUCGACGAGGGUCCAAGUAGGGAUUGUUAGGGACAAACUGUAGGCAAUACCAUAACCAUUUAUACCGAGAUGGAAUUAAUCGUUUGAUGUUAUGAAAUUUUUACUUUUAAUUCCUUGAGCGAUGAAUGAAUAAAUAUGUUGCCGGAUCUGUGAUCCAAAUUAGUUACAACUUCAGUUUAAGAGAAAUGUUUAGUGUUUAAAGUGGAGGGAAUAUUUUUUACUUCGAUAGAUAAAUAUCUAUGUUCUUUACCAGUUCGAAGAAUUGAAGUUAAAGUAUUACUUUUGUUAUAUCCUGAAGCGCUACUUUUUAUAUAGAGAAUAAUCGUAAUUCUAAAUAUUAUUUGCGUCCAAGCUAUGAAAAUUUCAUUGCUCAGAGAGUUAAAGGAGACCACGGAGCAGAAGAAGCUGAGGGAUCAAUAAAGCUCUCACUUCGUUCGCAACGUUCGCGAUUUCGCAACGUUCUCUGUCUCGCGACACGAUUUGUACGAGCUUGUCGCUCACAUUUUUCUUAUGGACCGAUGUUCGGCGUCCACGAAUGACGCUCGUGAGUCACCGCUCGUAGAUUCCGCGCAUUCGUUUUGCCCUCGAACGAGACUCCUUACACGAUCGAUCGAUCGAUAUCUUGCCAAGAGCGCCGCGGCGACAGACAAAAUAACAUGCUGCGGCGGUCGGUGUAAAAUUCAGUUAUAUUUUCAGCGGCCAGAGUCCGCCGUUUCUUCUGUCCGUUUCUUACGUCAGUUAUAUCACUGCCCUACUUCCUCCCUCCACGGCCCUCCAUGGCCGUUCACUGCCGAUUUCGUCCUCUCGCGCUCGACAGCUCGAGGACGCUCGACCGCUAAAUCGCACACGCGAAUUCAGACUCGCCCUAAUUUCGGAGCUCGCCUCCGCGUCGCACCGAUAUCAAGAUCCCCAUCAUUAUAUGGUAUCCCAAGUGAAAUUUGGGGAAUUCAGUCGCCACCCUCUUCACACGCCACUCGUAGCGCGAGACGCGGAUCGUGCGAGUUAUCCAGUCUCGGACCUGGCACGAGUGGGUUUGCAGAUUCUGGCGGGGGCGGGGUAUCAUUACGCGAGAUUCAUCGCGUAAUAUGCGGAAAGCGAACUGAAUCGACGCCGUUAAAGCCCGCUCCGGUAAUUUUCGCGGUAGCAGCUCCUCGAUUAUUCGUCGCGCCACUUUUACGGCUCGCAUAGUUCCAUAAAUCGCGCAAAAUAUCGGCAGAAAUUGGAAGAUAUCGCAAACAGAUCGCACACCAAGACGAAUGUAAUAUCGGGAUACAUACACUGAGAAAAAUUUCCAUCGGA